CCAUGAUGUGACUGGCAAUGUUUACCCCAUAUUACCAAUGUGCCAAUCGCCAAAUUGGACACAAAAAGACCCACUACAUUACAAUUUCAGACACCACCUUUAAUGUAAAAAAGAGGAAAUAAAAGAUUAACAUUUACAUAUUCAUUUAGCUGGCACUUUUAUGCCAAGCAACUUCUAAGUCUGGCAUAACAGUCCAGCUACAAUGUGAUACGAGACAGUUGAAAUGAGGAAGUUGUGUGGAUGGUGAGAGUUAGUGGGUGUCUCUCAACAUCUCUCCUCGAUCCUCCAGGCUUGUUCCCACUGAUCUAUAACCAACACUGGAUAGACUGUCCAAUUGAUGCCACCCCAUCAUUCUUUAUGUAGAUCAGUGAGGACAAGGACCGAGGAAGGAAGGAAGGAUGUAUAAAAGACGAAUGAGAGGCACUCAUAGUGAUAGUUCAGCGCUCCCUCCUUCAGCCACAUGAUGAGAGAGGGAAAGAGGAAGUGAGAGUAGGCCUCUUUUUGCCUUCUAGAACACCACUCUCAGUUCCUCCGAGUCGUUCAGUUGCCCAGACGCUUCAUCUGAGGGCUAAGGCCAUCCUGAAACACCAUGACAAAAGCCACUCUUACAUAUUUGCUUUUAUGCAUCACUGGUCUGCAGGCUACUGUUAUAAACUACAAUCCUAAGGAGGUCUGUUCGCUCAAGGGGUCUACAGUGGUUCUUACCUGCUCUUAUCAUCUUCCUACUGGUGACAGUUUCAUAGCAGGGUUUUGGUAUACAAAUGAUACAAAGAUACCAGUACCACUUAAUGUCCCAAAUGUACCGGGGAAUCGUUUUGUGUACAAUUCAAAAACUUGUGUGCUGAGGAUAACCAACCUAACACUACGUGACUCCAGUUUUUAUGAAUAUAAAAUCACAACGAAACGAUCAACCCUGAAAGCCUCUAGUAGAGUUCAUGUCCAUGUGGCAGAUGUUCCACGUAAGGACUGUUGGGGAGUGACCUACUCGUCCACCAGCUUCUGUGUCUUGAAGGGCUCAACGGUGGACAUCCCCUGCACAUACGGAUUCCCCACAGACCACACAGUCAACACCACACUCUGGUACAGAGAGGAUAAGAAGCGUAAGGUGCUUAUAGACUUGCGUCUGGAGGAAGACUAUAAGGGCAGAGUGGAACAUCUCAGUACUGAAGAGCAUAACUGCACUCUGAGAAUCAGAGACGUGAGAGAAACUGAUUCAGGACUAUAUCGAUUCAGAUACCUGACAAACAAACCAGGAGGGGCCUUCUCUGGUGUACCAGUAACUAUCUCUGUCACAGAUCUACGGGUGUCAAAGACUCCUGGUGCAGUUACUGAGGGAGAGAAUGUGAUACUGACCUGUGACACCAGGUGCAGCCUGAAGGUCAACACCUUCAUCUGGUACAAGAACGCACAGCCUACCAGACACAGAGCCAUCAACAACACCCUCCACCUAAACCCAGUCAGCAGUGAGGAUGCAGGCAGCUACUCCUGUGCUGUUAGAGGACAUGAACAACAUCCAUCACCUGAAGCUGCUUUAGAUGUCAGAUAUGCACCGAGGAGCAUUGCUGUGAUCGCCGCUCCCCGUGGAGGAAGAUCAGCGGGUGAAUCGCUGUCUCUGACCUGCACCAGUGACGCCAAUCCACCUGUGCACAACUACACUUGGCACAGAAAAGAUGGAAACAGAGUCACAUUGAUUGGAGUGGGUCAACAUUACAUCAUCGCCAACAUCAGCUACGAGACCGACGGACUCUACUACUGUGUCGCACAGAACAGUGUUGGUGAACAGCAAUCAGCAGCUGUGUCAGUGCCAAUAGCAAGGCAAGGCAUGGCUAAGAAAGCAGCUAUCGGGAUCUUUGUGGUAAUAGCACUCCUACUGAUCCCAGGCCUGCUGUGGCUAAGAAAACAAAAGUCUAGCAAUCCUGCCACAAAAAGAAACACAACAAUCUCGGCACAACAGGUUGCGCAACUUCCUCUUUCUCCUCCACAGACAGACCCAAGUCCGGUGUAUGACGACGUGGCCGCAGUAGCGGUGACCUCUGAUCUCGCAUGGAGACGAAAAGCAGAAGUGGACAAUGACGUGGAGUACGCCAGCGUUCGGUUCAAAAGCUCGAAAGAAGCAGAGAUGGCCCCCUACACUGGCGUUCAGCGUCCCCAAGCCCAAGAGGACGUUCAGUAUGCUUCGGUGAAUUUCUCCAGACCGACAAACACUUUCAAAGCUGACGCAGAUCCUGUGAUCUAUAAUGCCGUGAUCAAACCUCCCAGGACUCGAAUACAUUGAGCAUCACCUCCCAACAAGAACAAAGGGGAGUUUUAUUCAUGUUUGCUGGAACCUUUCUUAGUGACAAGAAUGGAAUGUUAUGGAAGAAUGGAAUGGCAGAAUAUUCCUGUGUUCUUCUUUCAUCUUCUGGUCUUUUACACCAAUUACCUGGCAUAUAAAUAUUCACUGCUGUGGAACCACAGUCGUUGUGUGUCCAAGCCAAAUGCUUGUUCCCAAAGUUUGGCGCGGGACUGUAUAGAAAACAAAUAAAUCUGAUUUAAUGAUCGCUCAGGCUAAGAACGUGUACCUGGACUUCUGUUAGGAAUCCAGUGAGGUAAAUACAGUACAUACCUGGAGGAUAUUCAGAACUGUCUGGCAAAGGAGGAUGCCCUUGAAUUUUGCUGGGAAAAACAAGGACAAAUUUCCGGUUCCGGCGCCGACGAGGGUGGCAGCAAUUCUAGUAUUUCGUGUUGUUUUCUUGAAUUUCCCCUUGGGGAUCAAUAAAGUAUCUAUCUAUCUAUCUAUCUAUCUACCUAAAUAUCAUCACUUUGCAUACCCUAGUUGUCAAAGUGCUUUCUGUGUCUGCUUCUUCAGCACCAGUUGAGAGAGUGUUCAGUACUGGAGGGCUCAUUGGGAGGCCCCCUUAGAGCCAGUUUAGGAGCAGAAAUUCUUUCCUCCGUCAUAUUUCUCAAGUGUAACAACACACUUUUGUAAAACUGAGUAGUUGUAUGUACCUCACCUGCAGACAGAAUGUUAAACUCUUAAAAGUCAAUUGAUAAUUUACACAGCUUUGUUUUUCUUGUUACUUUUAUGUUAUAUGUACUUUUAUGUCAUGUUAUAAACGUUUUUGAUUAGUUUCACUUACCUAACAUGCAGACAGAAUGCUACAAUCUAAAAGUUUGUUGACAAUUUACAACGGAUACAUUUUUCCUGAUAGACAUUCAUAAUAUAAAAGCUUUUGAAGGUUACAAAUGUGUGCAAAUGAUUGUAUUGUUGAAUAUACUGUGAACUUAUACAUUUCUCAGCUAAUCAUAAUAUGUAUGGCCAGAAGUUCAUCGCCCGAAAGCUACCAUUAAGGGAAUCCUGCCAUGUCUAAAAACAAUUAGCGUUAACGGUACAUAAUGUUACA